AUGAAUAACGAAUUUAUUCUAUUUUUUGGCGAAUUGUUUUUACUCCAAUUUAAAAUAGGAUAUAUUUAAUUUAUCACUUCAAAAAUAUGCAUAUGUAUCUUACUAUAAAUUAAAUAUAGAGUGUUUGAAUAUACAUGUUGGGUCUGGAAUGAUUUUGGACCCCAUCAUUGUACAUUUUGUUUGGAAAGGUCUCAUAGAUACUUGACAUCUUAAGGAGAAUGCUUAUGUAAAACCUCAUAUUUGAUGAUUAAACAGAUGAUAUAGUAAUUAAGAUACCAUUAUUCAAACAGCAUUGAAAAGAUACAUGCUUACAAUUCACUGAAAGUAGGUAACCAAUUGAUCGAUUAGCUACUUAAUUUGAAUGCGUAUGUUCAUCCUUAAACUAUUUGA